AUGGCUCACGCUGGACACCAAGCUGCUGCACACAACGAAAUCGCAUGUGUUUACGCAGCGCUCAUACUACAAGAUGACGAAGUUGCAAUCACGGGUGAUAAAAUAAGCACAAUACUGAAGGCGGCCCAUGUUGAGGUGGAACCAUUCUGGCCCGGUCUUUUUGCCAAGGCACUUGAGGGUGUCGACGUUAAGUCACUAAUCACAAAUAUCAGCAGUGGUGUUGGUAGCGCAGGCCCUGCCCCGACAGGUGGUGCAGCGCCAGCCGCAGCAGCAGAAGCACCAGCGGCCGAGGCCCCGAAGAAGGAGGAAAAGAAAGAGGAAGCAGAGGAAUCGGACGAUGAUAUGGGAUUCGGAUUGUUUGAUUAA